AUGGUUGCCAUCAAACCCAAGGAGAGCUCACUGCUCACCAACUGGAAAUGUCUCGUCAUAUGCUGCGUCGUUGCCAUCGCCAACAUGCAGUACGGCUUCGACAGUGCCGCCAUAGGCGCUCUGCAAGCUAUGCCUGGCUUCCUACGCGUCUUCGGAUAUGAAGACGCGUCAAAUCCCACAGGCUACGGUAUCGAUCCGGUCGUACAGCAAUUGAUCGCCUCACUACUCACUCUGGGCUCGUUCCUGUCUUCCAUGCUUGCCGGCUUCUUCUCACACUGGUUUGGUCGUCGAAUGGGCCUGUGGCUUGCGUGCCUCCUCAAUGUCGUAUCGUGCAUCAUCAUGAUCACCACGACCAACACCAACGUCCUCUAUUUUGGUCGCCUCGUCUUGGGCAUAUCCAACGGCUUCCUUGUCACCUUCUCCAACAUCUAUACAUCCGAAGCCGCGCCCGCCCACCUCCGCGGUGUCAUUGUUGCUCUCUUCGCUUGGUGGGUCAACAUCGGCUCCAUCAUCGGCGCCGUCAUUGUCAACUACACUCGCGUCUGGCUCGACAAACGCUCCUACCAGAUCCCCAUCGGUUGCCUGUUCAUUGUCCCCGUGCUCUUGAGCAUUGCGUUGUUCUUCGUCCCCGAGAGCCCGCGCUUCCUCAUCCAUCAGGGCAAAGACGAAGCAGCACGCCGCUCUCUCGAGAUGCUCCGAGGCAAUUCAACCGACCAGCAUGGCAUCGAGCUCGAGUGGGCCGAGAUGGUCCGCGGCGUCGAAGAGGAGAAGAAGAACGUCAAGAGCGUCGGCUUCAUCGACAUGUUCCGCGGCACGGACCUGCGGCGAACACUACUGUGCUAUGGCAUGAUCGCCUGCCAGACCGCGUCGGGCAUCUGGUUUUUGAUCGCGUACCAGACCUACUUCUUCAUCCAGGGCGGCGUGACCAAAGGUUUCGAGUACUCCAUCAUGACCACAUGCAUGGGCUUCCUCGGCGUCAAUCUCGGCAUGUACGCCAUGCGCCACCUCGUGGGCCGCCGCGCGAUCCUCAUUAUUGGCGCAACGGCGUGUGGUCUUGCUCAGCUGGGCACGGCAAUCGCGUACAGCACGGCGGGGCCCGGUUCGGUGACCGCCACCAAUUCGCUCGUCGCGUUCUUGACCUUGCACAAGUUCUUCUACAACGGUUGUGUCGGCGCGGCGAGCUACCCCGUUGCGACUGAGGUGGUGAGCACAAGACUGCGUGCCUGGACGGUAGGCACAGCGACGAGCCUGGGAUAUGUGCUCGCCUGGUUGACGAGUUUCUGCUCGCCAUAUUUCAUCAACCCAACAGAAUUGAACUGGGGCGCACAAUACUGCUACAUCUGGGCAGGCAGCAAUUUCCUCUGCGUGGCCUUCUUCUACUUGUUCAUGCCGGAGAUGAAAGGCCGCACGCUGGAGGAGCUGGAUGAGAUGUUCCAGAACCGGGUCGGCGUCAAGCAGUUCCGAACUUACCAAUGCACGGUCAAGGAGGAUGCGAGGCAGGAUGUCAAGGUCAAUGCGGGGCUUUUGGACGAGAGGAGUGGUAAAGGGCCAGAUGUGGUGGAGAUGGAGGACGCCGAUGCAAAGAAGGACACGGGCGUGUAG